GGAAGUCGGUUCCUGAAGAUGCGUGAGCAGCCUGGACAGGAGAACCGCUGGCAAUUUGCCACGACCUCACCGGAACACCUUAUCUUUGGACAUGGCAAGCACGCCUGCCCUGGACGAUUCUUUGCUGGGAAUGAGAUCAAGGUUGUGUUGAUUUACUUGCUAAUGAAGUAUGAUUGGAAGUUCACGAGCGAGGGCCGCAAAGAGGAUGUUGCUUUUGGGCAGGAAUUGGAUACGGACCCAACAGCCAAGGCUAUGAUUAAAAAGAGGAAGCUGGAUAUUGUACUUUAA